GCACUGACUAGCAGCUAGCCUAUCCAACAGUGAAAAGCACACGCGCUCCGGCCUCCUGCGUUUUUAGAGACAGGGAGUGCGUGCGCGCGAGUGACAAGAGAGUGAGGGAGAGAGAGAAGCCUCGCUCUAGCUCUUGCUCUUGCGCUUGCUCUGGUUCUUCCUCUAGCUCUAGCCGUGUGGGUGUCUGCUGAAGAAAAGCGAGCACUCGUGCUAGCUUCCUCCUCCGGUCACUUGCGGUUCGGGGGCUAGCUCGUGGCAAGGAUGCCCUGCUCGUCGACGCUGACGUGGCUGCUGCGCGUGGCGUCCGCGGCCGACCAGGCCUCCUCCUCCUCCUCGUCGAAGGGCGGCGGCCGCGUGUUCACGGCCGGCACGACCACCAUGGACACGGGCGCCACCGCGGCGGGCGGCGGAGGCAAUGCCGCCGACCACCAGGAGAGCAGCAGCAGCGAGCAGUCCAGGCUCGCGGCGCGCGGCCACUGGCGCCCCUCCGAGGACGCUAAGCUCCGCGAGCUCGUCGCGCUCUACGGGCCCCAGAACUGGAACCUCAUCGCCGAGAAGCUCGACGGCAGAUCCGGGAAGAGCUGCCGGCUGCGGUGGUUCAACCAGCUGGACCCCCGGAUCAGCAAGCGGCCUUUCAGCGAGGAGGAGGAGGAUCGCCUAAUGGCGGCGCACCGCUUCUACGGCAACAAGUGGGCCAUGAUCGCGCGGCUCUUCCCAGGGCGAACCGACAACGCCGUCAAGAACCACUGGCACGUCAUCAUGGCGCGCAAGUACCGCGAGCAAUCCACCGCCUACCGCCGCCGCAAGCUCAACCAGGCCGUCCAGCGCAAGCUCGAGGCCGCCGCCUCAAUGCCGCCGGCCGCCGCCGGAGACGUCGGCGGCGGCCACCACCACCACGUGGCUGCGGCCCACGACGCCGCCUGCUUCGGUGGAGACCCCUACGGCUUUACCCUCCGGCACUACUGCAGCUUCCCUUUCCCCGGCGUCUCGUCGGCCGAGGAACCGCCUCCUCCCUUCUUGUUCCCUGGUAAGCACCCCUCAACACCACGCAUUACCUAACAGCUAACAGAACCGCAUUCUCGCAACAUUGAGGCUGACAGAUCGGCGCUGAACCAGCUGAUUAUUCUGCUCCAUGCUUCGAGAAAAUACACUGACAAGCGGGCCCGGCCAGGAACUCAUCCUGAGCUCAAAAUCUUUUUUUUUUCCGGGACGUCUCUCCCAAUCGCCUGAAAUUUUUCUAACUCCUGGUCACCAAUUUUGUACAGCAAGGGUUGCGUGAACUACUACUGUAGGCUCAGUGAAACUUUAGGUGUCGAAUCACUGUGCCCUAGCCAGGUUUUGUUGCAGUGUGACAAGAGCUAUCUAUAUGGGGGUGGCUAUGCUAUGGCUUGGGUUGCAACAUUUUGCACUGUUGAGGAGGAGCCACGGUUGCGCACAGUACAUUCAGGCGGGCGCACAGGCUCAGCAUCCAGACGCGUACACAUAAAUGGAGCCCCCCAUUGGGCGGUGCACGGCCUCCCCGGCUGGCAGCCGUGUACCCGCCGGCAUAAAUGCCUUGCUUGAAAUAGGAAGCGUUGCGAGAUCGAGGAUCGAAGACCAGGGACUGACCGGCCAUGGGGACUUAGACUUUGAGCACCCAACAGUAUCGCCGUACAGUGACGUAGGAGCACACCUUUUUUUAAAGCAAUACGGUAGAUGCACUGCUCUUUUAUAUUAGAUAGAAAAAGAGUUUAAAACAGUUAUAAUAAAGGUUCUAAAGGUAACUGGCACUGUUUAUAGAAAAUAAAUCUAAAUGACCUAACACUAUUACAGUAAAAAAGAUAAGCUACGUGAACAGAUCUUUUAGAUCCUGUGCUGACCCUGUUGCUAAUAGCCAGAUGUUAUCUCUU